GUGUCAGGUUCACUUUAUCAUCCUCCACAAUGUAUAAUUUUCGACUUCAUUGGGAGUUUAGCUAAAAUAACUUCAUGAUUUGUCAUACAUACUACAUUACCUAUAUUGAUUUGGAUGAUUCGAGUCUAAUUCAGACCGAUAAGAUGGACAAUAGCAAUAUCGAUCAGUUGAAAACCUUGUAUAAUGCUUUGCAACAGAAAGUGCAACAACACAGCCAAGUGGCAGCCAUGGAGCAAGAGCGAAAAUUGGAGAUAAUGCAGCUACUGCAUGAUUUCAACGACGUCAAAGAUGCAGCACAAAUAGUUUUGGGAGCUUUGGCCAAUUUGGAGUGUAAGACCAUUAAGGAAAUGCAUUUAAUAUAUAACUUACCACUCAAUGAAUAGGGAAAUAA